UGAUGUGAUAUGUCUGCAAAGACCUUUGACCCUUUUGUCUGUCUUCCAUAAACUGAAGUAACUACACUGCUCCAAACUCCUUCCUGUUUUUUCUGUAAAUCCUUUCUCAUUGCAGAUCAACUCCUGUCAUUACUCUCUUUGUACUAUUGCUCUCAUCUGUCCCUUUCCAUUCACACUGCCUUUAGUUACUCAUCAAAUGGGCCUAGAUCACAAAACCUCUGAAUGUGAUGGACAUACCUACCAGGGAACAAGUCAUACAAUGGUGGAGGAAUAGGUUCUUCAAAUAGGAUCAUGGACUUCUUGGAGGAGCCAAUACCAGGUGUAGGUACCUAUGAUGAUUUCAACACAAUUGAUUGGGUGAGAGAGAAGUCUCGAGACCGGGAUAGACACCGAGAGAUCACCAAUAAAAGCAAAGAGUCAACAUGGGCCUUAAUUCACAGUGUGAGUGAUGCAUUUUCUGGCUGGUUGUUGAUGCUCCUUAUUGGACUUUUAUCAGGUUCCUUAGCUGGUCUGAUAGACAUCUCUGCUCAUUGGAUGACAGACUUAAAAGAAGGCAUAUGCACAGGAGGGUUCUGGUUUAACCAUGAACACUGUUGCUGGAACUCUGAACAUGUCACCUUUGAAGACAGAGACAAGUGUCCAGAGUGGAAUAGUUGGUCCCAACUUAUCAUCAACACAGAUGAGGGGGCCUUUGCCUACAUAGUCAAUUAUUUCAUGUAUGUCCUCUGGGCUCUCCUAUUUGCCUUCCUUGCUGUAUCUCUUGUCAAGGUGUUUGCCCCUUAUGCCUGUGGCUCUGGAAUUCCUGAGAUAAAAACUAUCUUGAGUGGUUUCAUUAUUAGGGGCUAUUUGGGUAAGUGGACCCUGGUUAUCAAAACCAUCACCUUGGUGCUGGCAGUGUCCUCUGGCUUGAGCCUGGGCAAAGAGGGCCCCCUAGUGCACGUGGCUUGCUGCUGUGGGAACAUCCUUUGCCACUGCUUCAACAAAUACAGGAAGAAUGAAGCCAAACGCAGAGAGGUCUUGUCAGCUGCAGCUGCUGCUGGUGUAUCUGUAGCUUUUGGGGCACCUAUCGGAGGAGUGUUAUUCAGUCUGGAAGAGGUCAGCUACUAUUUUCCCCUCAAAACUUUGUGGCGUUCAUUCUUUGCUGCCCUGGUGGCAGCAUUUACUCUACGCUCCAUCAAUCCGUUUGGGAAUAGCCGCCUAGUUCUGUUUUAUGUGGAGUUUCACACCCCAUGGCAUCUCUUUGAGCUUGUACCAUUCAUUCUGCUGGGCAUAUUUGGUGGUCUGUGGGGAGCUCUGUUUAUCCGCACAAACAUUGCCUGGUGUCGGAAGCGUAAGACCACUCAGUUGGGCAAGUAUCCCGUCAUAGAGGUACUCAUCGUGACAGCCAUCACUGCCAUCCUGGCUUUCCCCAAUGAAUAUACCCGAAUGAGUACAAGUGAGCUCAUUUCUGAGCUGUUCAAUGACUGUGGCCUUCUGGACUCCUCCAAGCUGUGUGAUUAUGAGAACCGUUUUAACACAAGCAAGGGUGGUGAACUGCCUGACAGACCGGCUGGCGUGGGAGUCUACAGUGCCAUGUGGCAGCUGGCUUUGACACUCAUCCUGAAAAUUGUCAUUACUAUAUUCACCUUUGGCAUGAAGAUCCCUUCUGGCCUCUUUAUCCCUAGCAUGGCUGUUGGGGCUAUAGCAGGUCGGCUUUUAGGAGUAGGAAUGGAACAACUGGCUUAUUACCACCAUGACUGGACAAUCUUUAAUAGUUGGUGUAGUCAGGGAGCUGAUUGCAUCACCCCUGGUCUUUAUGCGAUGGUUGGGGCUGCUGCCUGCUUAGGGGGUGUGACUCGGAUGACUGUUUCUCUUGUUGUCAUAAUGUUUGAACUGACUGGCGGCUUGGAAUAUAUUGUGCCUCUGAUGGCUGCAGCCAUGACAAGCAAGUGGGUGGCAGAUGCACUUGGGCGGGAGGGCAUUUAUGAUGCCCAUAUCCGUCUCAACGGAUACCCCUUUCUUGAAGCCAAAGAAGAGUUUGCUCAUAAGACCCUGGCAAUGGAUGUGAUGAAACCCCGGAGAAAUGAUCCUUUGUUGACUGUCCUGACUCAGGACAGUAUGACUGUGGAAGAUGUAGAAACCAUAAUCAGUGAAACCACUUACAGUGGCUUCCCAGUGGUGGUGUCCCGGGAGUCUCAAAGACUUGUAGGCUUUGUCCUCCGAAGAGAUCUCAUUAUUUCAAUUGAAAAUGCUCGGAAGAAACAGGAUGGAGUUGUGAGCACUUCCAUCAUUUAUUUCACUGAGCAUUCUCCUCCAAUGCCACCAUACACUCCACCUACCCUGAAGCUUCGGAACAUCCUGGAUCUCAGCCCCUUCACUGUGACUGACCUGACACCCAUGGAGAUAGUAGUGGAUAUCUUCCGCAAGCUGGGAUUGCGACAGUGCCUGGUUACACACAAUGGGCGUUUGCUUGGAAUCAUUACCAAAAAGGAUGUGUUAAAGCAUAUAGCACAGAUGGCGAAUCAAGAUCCUGAUUCCAUUCUCUUCAACUAGAAUCAUGGGGUUGUUCUGGAUAUAAAACAGGAAGGACAUUGCAGACCAUGGAUAUAUUUUAUUAACUGGGUACCCAAAACACAUUUCCCAUAUUUGGAUGGUGAAGUCAUAUUAGUGUGUUGUCUCUUUCCUACAAGUUAACCAGUUGCACUACAUAAUCUCUGGAAAUUAAUCUUCUCUUUAGGAGAAAAUACAGUUAGGCUUCUGUGAUACUGCAUUAGGAAGAUUUCAUGAAAGAGUAAACAAGAUUGCUAUGGUUUAAUUAUAUUUGUUUUUUUAAAAAUAUUUUUUUAAUUUAAAAGUAAUCGUUAGCCAAUAUGCAAUCACUGAAAACUAUGCAAGAAAAAUUCCAACCGUCCUGACUUAUAGCCUGCAGGAAACUCAUGAAAAAGUUACUUUUGGUGGAUCUAACUGUCAUUGGUGGAAGAUGAAGUGUAAACUAAGGGGCUUUGCUUUUCAAACCACCGAAAGGAAAGCCAGAAGGAAAAUAGUAAUGGUAUUCUCUAGACUGUGAAGAUUCAGUUCAAAUGUUAUUCUUGUUCCUGUUACAAUAUUUAGCAUUAUUAGUUUGUUCUAUGUUUAUGUAUGUUAAUUUUAAUUUCUGAUUAUAAGACAAUGCUGCUUUAGUUAAUCUCCUCUAAAUGAAUU